AUGCAUCGAAUAAAUGUCAACAUGCCGGAGUCUUCCAGAGAAACUGACGCGGAAAUUACUGUUAGACAACAAAGAUAUCAAGGACACCAGUCGUCCAACAACAUCGUGUCUUCAAUAUCCAAGUUUGCAGACGAUCAUUUGACCCUUGUGCGGAACAUAAGCACUGGACUGGCUGUUGUUGGCGUUAUAGUAAUAGCACGGAGUAUCAAACUGAUCACCACAUUUCAAGCUGUGUCUGAGAUCCCAGCCCGUUUCAUUGAGAGGAACGUCAGCCUCCGUGGGAAAGUUCAUUCAAUCACAGAGAGAGGACUUAAAGUGGAACAUGUUCCAAUAUAUCUGCCAGUACUCUCUGGGAUGCUUUCGAGAAAACAAGGUGUGUGCACGUCCCCGAUGCUGGUGCAUCUUGCAGGAGUGGAGUUGACUCCAGAGGGCAGGGAAUGGCUGCAGAAGAACCUGGCUCCUGCGCAAACAGUCUGGCUAAAACUCAUCAGUCGAGAGGAUGACAGGCUUCACUGUUUGGUGUCUCAAAGCAGGGAGGGGUCGAUGUUUAGCUAUUGUGUGAACGAAGAGGUCCUUCGGCUGGGUCUGGCUCGCAGUGCACCCGUGGUUGGGGUCCGGCCCGACUCUCGCCUCUACUGGCGUCUCCUCAAACGGCUGCACAGGGCAGAGGUCAAAGCUGAGAGGAAAGGGCGGGGACUGUGGAAGGAAGACAGCCUAUGGGAGAGAGCCUCCAAGGCGGUCAGGGACAAUGCUUUAUUCAGACUGAUGAGGAGGAUCUUUAAGAGGACUUGAUACACCAAGUGACUUUGCCAUUCCAAGACAAAAUAUAUGGAUCAAAACGAGACAACUUACAGUUCUUUUUUCUACUGUAUCCCUUUUUCUUUGCCCCCUGAUAUAUCUAAAAAGGCUCACCAGGUUACAUGCCAUCCAUCUCUGAUUUGUCAUGUGAGACAAAUAUGCCAAUGAAUGCUUUGAAAAAGAAAAAGAAAACUCAUUUUUUUCAUUACACCUGUUGCAAAGGUGUGUGGUUUGUUGUUGCUGUAUUUCAGUCUUUAGACAUUUGAAAUGAUCGUAAAACUAUAUCUCAUACGCAGACAUGAAUCCCUUUGCUUUCACUUACCCCAUUAAAACACAGCCAAGCAUAUCCUGCUGUUGGUGUGUGUUGGACACCCCACUAAUCACACGGCGGGGGCGGGGUAUGUUGAUGGUGUUCAAAAUGGAGAGGGGGGUCCACUGGUACCCUCUUACUGUUGCUAUAGAAACACUAUAUGUGAAAUACAAAGCAAAGAAAAGGCCAAACUCUAUAUUGGCCGCUCCCUCAAACCCCAUGGGAGCCUUACAUGUUGUGUGUAUGUGAGGGGGUCUUUAAGUACCUACAAAGAGGGCCCUUUUAGCUGUAAUGUGAGGAGCUGGGCACUGAAAUAGAACAGAAAUUAGACUAAGCCUGGAACCUGCCCUUAAUUUAUAAUGGCAUCAUUGCAGAAAUGUAGGAGAAAAAACUAAUUAAUAAAUUAUGAUUUGAAUCCA